UAGGACACUAUUAAAUUAUAGGAAAAUCCGUAGACACGCAAAAAUCGAUGAAGAAGAUACUGCUGCUGUGAAUUAUUUACUCAUGCUCAAUGAGCGUGUAAUAGUGUUAGCCGACGGGCUUCAUCGAUUGUGUAGUGGAUAUCAGAUAACUCUUAACCGCUUUUUAUAGAAGGCGUGUAAAAACCUGUUACUGUGAAUUUGGAUACACUAGCAUAUAGGACUUAAGCCGCAGUACAUAAAAUGGGUGCGACUGGUGGAAUUGCGUUGGAUAAAGCAAUGACGGCUUUACGAAAUAUACAAAAUAAGUUUGAGAUGGAGAAUGGACGUCUUGCAAUCAUAACACCCGAUCGUUAUAAAGAAACCUACGAUAUCAUGGCCAAUGAUUUCACCCCAGAUGAACCCUUGUGUAGGUCAUUCGGGGUCAGCUGGAACGAGGACUUUAAGCAGACUACGUACGAUAACCUCGUGCAGAACGCAUCCAUAUGUAUGAUCUCAAAAGACACACAAGAGAUUAUGGGUAUAAGAAUAAUUGGCAUUAUGAGGAAAACUGAUCCACCUGCUGACUUUAAAGGCUUGGGCUAUGAGCCAUUAAGAGGUCUAUUCACUUUUCUUACGCACAAAGACAAUGAAGUGAACUUCUUUGAACGAUAUGAAGUUGACGAAGCAAUACAUUUCUUUGCAUUAGGUGUCAACAAAAAGUACCGACGUAUGGGUCUUGGAGGUCGCCUUCUUGCAGCCGCUGUAGCCAUGAGUAAGGAAUUAGAAUUCAAAGCGAUAAAGGGGGAAGGAACCUCAAAUUUCUCGCAAAGGAUUUACGAAAAGGAAAAAUUUGAAACUCUGCUCACAUUACCGUAUGACAGUUAUAUCUAUAAAGGACAGCCAAUCAUAAAUGGAACAGGGGAACAUAAAAUGACAAAGAUAUAUGGUCUUAAACUGUAAUAUAUUGUCAAACAGUUGUACAUGUACUGUUAUGACGGUACUGUGUUGUCUAAAAAAAGAUUGUGUAAUUUCAGCAAAACAGAUUUGUGUCCAUGCGCGACGGAGUCAAAAUAAUUAUAUAGAGAGAGAAGUUGGUUUUAAGGAAUACAAUUUAUCUAGGUCAACAUUUAACUAUGCGAGAAAUGUGAAAAUGACGUAACACUUCACUGAUGAUGCCAUAUGAAUAAUACCUGUGGGUCAUGUAAUACAAACAAAGUGCGACACGCCCAGUGCUAUGAAGUAUUGUACCGAAAAUGUACAAUUCUAUAAUAAAAUCUGUCUCGCCUAAUUUUGGACCUCCGAUAAUUUAUUUCUACUACUAUAUGUAAAAUUGUCAAACAUGGCAUCAAUUCAACCGCUCUGAAAUACUAGACGAUUGCUGCAAAAAUCCUUGAAACUCCCGAGGAUGAUGUAUUUUUUUCUAAUUUACAAAAAAUAUGUUUUAUCUCCUUUGUUUCUGUUUCAUUACUUCAUACCAGCCCAAAGGUGAAGUCCAAAAUCAGAUGAGACAGACUUUAGAUACACCAAUUUUGAUUUUAGAAAACGCCAAAAUAUUAUGUUUUGUAAAUUUGUACCUAUUUUUAUCAGUUUAUCAUCAGCACAAAUUGUGUACAUUACAAAACGACCAUAACUCUAUAUUUACAUUCGCCCUGUUCUUUUCCAUUGAUACUUAUGAUGUUCAUUUUCUAUGAACAGCAAAAGGAAAGACGCCAAAAUAACACUGCUUAGUGAUAACGGGUCGCUGUUUUGAUGACGUCUUCCUAUAGUCAAGAAGUAUGUGUCUUAGAUUAAGGGACUGGGAAGCUGAUUCUAAUGUUAAAUGCAACAACAUAUGUGCAAUUUA